AUGCCCCUCGUCUUCAAGCGCUCCCCAUCUUGGUCUCCCCGUCCUGUCGACCGACACCCUCCAGUUCUGUCCCCCGAAGACGACGAGCUCGACUGCCUGCCGCCUCCCGCUGCUGCUGCAUCGACCUUUCGCGCCCCGUCACCCGCCAAGCGCGCGAAAUCGAGUCCAGCGCGAGGAGCGAAGCGAGCAGCGGAUCCAGGACAGGUGGGGCAGCAGAGGGCGGAUGGUGAUGCAAGGGCUCGCCUUAAGCGGUCUCAUCAUGAGCGCAUAGGGUUGGACAGAGGACACGCCCCGAAAUCGGCGCCGAGAAGCGCCGCCAAGCGCGACUUGCGGGACGAGGAGGAGGACGUGACGGAGGUCGACAAGCGCUCGCGGCGGGAUAGUCCGGCGAGAAAGACGGCCGCAUCGGCACGAACGCCUCGACGAGCAGCGUCAACUGCCUCAGCCGAGCCCGACGCCGACGCGGACGACCAUUCCUCUCCCUCCGCCUCGCCCUCGAAGAAACGCCGGCGCACCUCCCUCACUCUCAGGCUUCCUGCCGCUUCGACGACCUCUUCCCUCACGUCAGACGCACGAGAAGAACGGGCGAGACAGAGGGCGCAAUUGCAGGAUGCGAGGCUGGUCGCGCUCGAGAAGCGGCGGAUGGAGAAAGAAGCGAGCACGGAGCAGGAACGGGUGCGGAUCAAGGUCGAGCCGGAUGCAGAUGAGGAAGACGACGAGGCUGUCAUACUGGAGGCACCUUCGAAGCGGGCGGCUGCGAAAGCCCCUGCCUCAUCCUCUCACCGGCCACCGCCUCCUCCACCAGGAUACCUCCCGACUCCCUCGAGCCCAUCGACCGUGUCUCCAAUCCUCCCCGUCGCGUCUAUCCUACCGAAUACCGCCAAGCGCCCUUCCAGCUCCUCCCGCCAAUCCGCGCAAUGCCCUCCUCCCCUUCCUUCCGCGGUACCCGACAUCUCAACCUUUCUCUCCUCCCUCCCGCUCCCGUCCCUUACGCGCCUUACACCGCACUUCCACGCCCUCGGCUGCCGGUCGCCCUCCGACCUGCUCGUACUGGCGGACCAAUCUCGCGGCGUCAAGGCGAGGGAGAAGGUGCUUGAGCGAGUCGGCAAGAUGGAUGGCGGGCUGAGCGAGUGGGAGAAGAUCGUGCUGGAGGAGGAGUUGGAGGCAGGAUGGAAUAAGUGGAAGGGCGGGGAGGCAGAGGGAGGAGUGCCAGUGAAGCGGUAG